AUGUUCGGUCAACAGUAAAUUGCUUAGGUUUAGAUAUAGGUCUAUAUGUGUGAUGAAAGUCUGUGGUUAGCAGACUGAAACGUCGAUCUUUUUACAAGCCUUUUAAAAGCUAAGAUUUUUGAUUUAAUAGUCCUGAGAGUGCUAUCUGAACUUCUUUUUAUGUGUGUGUAUAUAUAUAUAUAAUAUAUAUAUAUAUAUAUGUAUGUAUGUAUAUAUAUUAUAAAAUAUGUCCAUUGUUUGAGAAACAUUGUUCAACCAGCGAAAACCAGAUUUUUUUUAAAAAACCAUUAUUUUUAAUUUAUCUAUGUUAAGGUUGUGCACUAUCUAAUGUUAAAGGGAUUCUAUAAUGCCAGGAAAACAAAAGUUUUCCUGGCACUGUGGAAUCCUGCAGUGCCCCUUAAGGGAGUUAAAACCCCUUCAGUCACUUACCUGAAUCCAGCGCCGAUGUCCCUCAGCGUUGGGUCAGGCUCCGCCCACACUCUUCUCCAAGACCUAAUGCACAGUGGCCGCGGUCGCAUUUAAAUCAUUGCUUUUCUAUGGGGAAAAUCUGACACUGGAGGACCUCAUGCAAAGCGUGAGGACGUCCAGCAUCCGAUAACAGACCAGAGGUCCAUUCCGAUUUCGGCAAUCCCUCUAGUGGCUGUCUGGUAGACAGCCACUAGAGGAGGAGUUAAUUCUCAGAGGUAAUUAUUGCAGUUUCUCAGAAACUGCAAUAAUUCCCACUGUAGGGUUAAGAUAAGGGAGUGCGCUGGAUUUAAAAUGUGAAUUUCUGUUAGCUUGCUCGUGAAAUGUCCCAUGUCAGUCUUUAAAUUAUAUAACGUACCACCCAAUUUUGCUAGUAAAUCAUAGCAAUAUAUAUCAUACUAAUAUUAAAUAACAAAGUUUUGAAGUUUUGCCAAAGUAGAUUUAAUAUGCUUUAUUUUUCUUUUAGGUAAAUAUGCAGAAGAUGUAUUUGGGGAACUCUUUAAUGAGGCACACAGUUUUUCCUUCAGAGUGAAUUCCUUGCAAGAGCGUGUGGAUCGGUUAUCUGUUAGUGUAACCCAGCUUGAUCCAAAAGAAGAAGAGCGUAAGUCAUUUUAAUGUACCCUUUUAUUUUCUAUAUUUGUAUGUUUUAAACUAUAUAUAUAUAUAUAUAUAUAUUAUAACGUUCUGUUGACAAUUUACAAAUAACACUUGUUGGAUGUAUGUUGCAAAGCACAGACUAUUCUCCUGUCAAUACAACAGAGCUGGGCAGUUGCUAAAUGCCAUUGUUUAAAGUCGACACAUGAAAUAGGUCAUCUUGAGUUGCACAUUCCGUUGCAGUUAAUUAAACAAUAGAGGGAAGCAUUGAAAUGGCAUUCUGUGUCUAGUGGGGAAAAUGUACUGUCCUGAAAAUCUGUUUAAUACAGUAUCUCUGCUGUGUUUCCAAUCCCCCUCGAGCUCUAGCUGCUUGCAUGUAUGCCCAAAACAAAAUUAACUGUUCUAUAUAGUUUGUUGCUUUUGUGUUUUUGUGGUUGCUAGGAAAAAGCUUUUAGAAUUUGCAACUGAGCCUUAAAGGUAUACUAUAGGCAUCAAAACAACUAUAGCUUAAUGAAGCCGUUUGGAUGUUUAAAUCAUACCCCUGCAGUCACACUGCUAAUUUAAUUCCUAAAUGGCAGAGAAUUGAGCAUUAAGACUGCAUCAUUAAGAUAAAAAUGUUCUGUGCCUAUAGUAUUGCUUUAAAGCGAUUUGAUUGAAAUAUCUUUUUAUGGCUAAACAAAAGGGUACUAUGUAUACUGUAACUCUGACGUUCAGAGUCUCUACGCUCUCCAUGGAGACACUGAACUUUCCUUAUAGAGAUGAUUGAUUCAGCGCAUCUCUACGAGGCGAUGCUGAUUGGCCAGGGCGGUGUUUGGCUCCACCCCUGGCCCACCUCCUUGGCUGAGAUCAUCAGAAUAGACCAUCUCUGCCAAUCCACUGCUUUCCUAUGGGAAAACAUUGUGAUUGGCUGAGAUCACUUCUGAUGAUGUCAGCCAAGAAGGCAGAUCGGGGGCAAAACCAGCGCCAGCAGACUGGAAAUAAGGUAAGAUUUUACUAUUUUUAGGGCAGCAAGGGGGACUAGAUAGUGUUUUAACAUAGGUUCAGGAAACAAUGUUUGUGUUCCCAACCCUAAAGUGUUCCUUUAAAUCAAGCAUGUCAAACUUGCGGCCCCCCUUCCCUGGGGCCGUUUUCAGCUUUGGCUGCGACCAGCAAGACAGGAAAAAAUAUUUCCUGAUUCUUGCUCUCCCAGUCACAAGAGGGCAGAGUGGCUUUGUGUCUGCUGAGCAGACCAGAGCAGCCACUCCCCCUUCCCUCCUGCUCGCAGUUCCAGAGGAGCAUCUGGCCUGCUUCAACAGGGCUGGAGCUGGAACUGGAGGACAGACCGCAAAUUGUAAGGUAGCAGAGGGGGGGCAGUGUAUUAAUUUGAGAGAGGAAGGGGCACUGUAUUCAUUUGAGGGAGGGAGGGGGCAUUGUAUUAAUUUGAGGGAGAGAGGGGGCCAGUGUAAUAAUUUGGGGGAGGAAGGGCAGUGUAUUAAUUUGAGGGAGGGGGCACUGUAUUAUUUUGGGGGAGGGAGGGUACACUGUAUUGAUUUGAGGGAGGGAGGGGCCAGUGUGUUAAAUUGGGGAGGGCAGUGCAGAAUGUGGGGGAAGGGGUCAGUGUGUUAAAUUAGGGAAGGGGCAGUGUAUUAACCUUGGGGGAGGGGGUCAGUUUAUUAAAUUGGGGAGUGGUGGCAGUGUAUUAAUGGGAAGGAGGGUGCAGUGUAUUCAUUUGGGUAAGUCAGGGGGGCCAUUGUAUUAAAUUAAGGGAGGGGGCAGUGUAUUUAUUUGAGGGAGGGGGCCAGUGUAUUAGAGUGGUGGGGGGCAGUGUGUUAAAUUGGGGGGAGGGCAGUGUAUUACAGUAGAGUGGUGGGAGUGAGGGCAGUCUAUUCAAUUAGAGAGGAGGGAGGAAGGGCAGUGUAUUUGAUUAAGGGAAAUGUAUUAGAUUGGGUGAGGGGGGCAGUGUGUUGGAUUUGGGGGCAAUGCAUUGGAUUUCUGGGCAGUGUAUUAGAGCGGGAGGAGGGGCAGUGUGUUAGAUUGGGUCUGUAUGGAGGCACUGAACGCUCCCCAUGGAGAUGCUGAUUGGCCGUGCAGUUUUUUGCCACACAUGCAAAAUACGUUAUUUUAUUUUUUAAGAAGACACACACACACUUCAACACCGAAAUUAAAUAUGAAGAAUCACUUGUGAAAUGAUUUUGUGAUUCUUGCCAGUUGUUGGAUGGGAGAAUUUUAAGCCAAGUGCAUGUUUAGUAUGAAAAGUCAUUUUACUUAAUUCCCCAAGUACACAGUCCAUCUACUUUUCUUACAGCAGAAUAAAAAGAGAUGGAGCUGAAAUAUCCCAAGAAUCUGAUGUUAGAAAUGUAGCAUAGAAUCCAACCCACAGACUGAGGUCAUAUUCUUUUUUCAAAUGGUGCUUUUUUCCCCCCCUCGGCUUUUCAUUGUACAAAAAUAGAAAGAAAGGAAUAAAAAGGCAGGUGAUACUUACAAGCCAUUAUUUGACUUGCACAUGCUCAGGGUUAGGACAUAUACCAUUCACUGCUAGCAGCAGGGAUUUUUACUAGUUGAGAAAGAUUCUUCUACAGAGCUGCCUCUUUUCAUUGGACUCCUAUUGAUAAAUCAGGGAUUGAAUUUAUCUGUAGGUACAUUCGUUGUAUUGCUACUGCGAAGCAUUGGACAUUGCUUUUAUUUAUCUGGCAAAUUCAUCUUCUGAAUUUGAAUUGUGUAGCAUAAGGGUAGCAUUUAGUGCUACAGGAACAACAGGAUCAUGCAUUUUGUAUUUUAAAACUAACAAUGGCUAUAUUGUAUUUUAAUCCAAUCCUUGCUGGUAACAAAUAACUUUCUCUGUUAAAGAGACUACCACUUGCCAUCCUUUAUGAUAUCCCAAGACUGGACUAACAUGUGGCCCAACUCUGUACUACAAUGACUUUCAUGGUUCAUUUCAAAUUGUAGUCUUCUAAAACAGAAAUGAUAAUCAACAUUGCUGGCAUGCUAUCUCUUUCAAGACAAGGGGUUAGUUAAAUCCCAUAAUAUCAUGAUUUGUAGUUUAUCUGAUGAAAGGAUUAUUUGAUGUUUCUACUCUACUAACAUGAUGGUACAUUUGGAUACACCAUCAUUCUAAAUAUCUAGAAUGAAUUACCUUCAGCAGUUGUAAUGCUAAUUCUGAUGAUCUACAAAGUCAGGAAGCUCCAGUCAAUUAUUUAUUUAAUAUUUUAUUUUAUUAUUGAUAUAGCGCCAGCAAAUUCCGUAGCGCUGUACAAUGGGAUGAACCAUAGUGCCUAAGCAAAAUUAUGGUCAAUUAGUGGACCACUGCAUAAAAGUCCACAUAUUUACAUUUGGAGAUUUCGGCCAAGGUGAACAAACUCACAAAGCUUUAAAACGUUUCCAAAGCAAUUGCAGCUUAUAGUAAGUGAACUGAUGACCUUUCCUAGAGGUCUCGGGCAACCUUCUAGCAACCAGACUACCAGAUCUACAUUAAGUAAGUUAAAGGGACACUCUAAGAACCAACCAUGAAGAUGUGGUUUUGGUGAUGUUAAAGGACCACUAUAGGCACCCAGACCACUUCAGCUCAAGUAAGUGGUCUGGGUGCCAGGUCCAUCUAGUGUUAACCCUGCAGCUGUAAACCUAGCAGUUUCAGAGGAACUGCUAUGUUUACAGUAGGGUUAAUCCAGCCUCUAGUGGCUGUCUCACGGACAGUCACUAGAGGUGCUUCCGUGCUUUGGAGAUGCUGGACGUCCAUAGGAAAGCAUUGAGAAAUGCUUUCCUAUGGACUGUUUGAAUGCGCUUGCCGCGCGUGCGCAUUCAGUGCUGACGUCUGCUGAGGGAGGAGGGGAGCCCAGCGCUGGAGAAAGGUAAAUGUUUAACCCCUUCAGCCUCCUUCUGGCCAGCAGGGUGGGGGGCACCUAUAGAUCCUAUAGUGCCAGGAAAACAAGUUUGUUUUUCUGGCUCUAUAGGGGUCCUUUAAUAUUUUGAUAAAAAUUCACAUCUAGUGGCUGUCAAGUAACCAGCACUAGACCUAUUUUUUUUUUUGUCUUUUUUUUUUUUUAUCUUUUAACCAAAGUGGGAGCUAGGAAUAAAAUACCUCUUACUUUAAAAAAUAAUAAAAAAAAUUUAAAAAAUAUAUAUAAAAUUUCGUUUUUGUUUUUUUUUAAAGUUCUACAUCCCAAGGAAGUAUCCAGUUUUAAUUUAUACUAGCAUAUGAAAGACAAGGCACUCGGGUGAUAUUUUUUUUGUGCAUCAUUAAUGUGGCACUGUCACCUUCUGAACUCUUAACAUAAUUUCAAAGUUACCCGAUGGUGACGUUGCCCUUGGUGUCCAGUGGUCACAGGGGAAAGUGAGUUUUACUUACCAGAAGCUACUCAUAGUGGCCAUCAGUAUCUAUUAGGAUCCUCUUCAGCUCAUGGCACUGGAGCCCAUGCCAGAACUGUACUUUUGUACAUGUGCGAGAGUGAAACAUUGAGGCCUACAAUGGAUCCUGCGAUACCAUGGUAGCCUCCAUAGAUAACAAGUGAGAAAAUGCCUUAUUCUUCCAGCCAUUGGUAGGGGGGUAGGAGGGAACUUGGACUUUUGUCAAGUUAUUUUCAAGCAGAAGAAAAAUACAUAAGGCUAACUAGUCUGGUAGUCCCUACUCUGCUUUAUGUAUUCUAUGAGAAAUAGAUUGCAAAAUAACAGAUUGGGAGUAAGGAAGAGAAACAGUAUGGUAAGUAUAGGAUGACAAAGCCGCCUGCUUAAGUCAACAUUUUGGCAACAUUCAUAAUAAGCCUUUCUAAAGUUUGGGAUUGUUCUUAAUUGUUACACAUAUAAUUCAUCUUAGCCUGGAGGAGUAACCAUCUUCUCUUCCUUGGUUUUAAAGUGACAAAAUUAAUUUCCCGCCUGGUUCAGAAUAAUAGCCACAAAUAUUUUUGCUAAAAUCCUUUAACUUAUGUGCUAUGCCCAUACCUCCAAUAUUUCUCAGUAAUAUCUAACUGGAUAAGGUUUGUUUGGUGGAAGGACACGCACCCAUUAGCUCUGAAAAUACUAUAGAUCCUUCAUAAAUUGGGCGCUUUAAGUAGACAAAUGGAAUAUCAACUCGUAUGAUACAGCACCAUGGGUAUAACAAGCAAAUGUAGCAUACAGUGUAGUGGUUUUGGUGCUUGGAGUGUUUGUUUAGUUGUGUUAAUCCACUCAACCCAUUGUUGGGGCUUUGUAACAGACAAAAGAUGAAAAUAGGGGAGCUCCUUGCUCCACAAACUAUGUUAGGAGCCUAGAUUGUUCUUGUGCUUGUUCUGUCCCACUAGUAAUUCAAGAAAUUAGCAGCUGUUCUUUUUUUGUGAAACAACUGCUGGGAAAACUGUAGAAAAACAUCUGUCUCUGGUUGAAUAAGUAAUCUCCCAUUCGUUUCCCUUAUCUUCACAAACAAUGGUCUUGAAAGCAGUGCUUCUGCGUAGACUGUAUGGAUUUAUAUUUCUGACUUUGUCAAUGGCUCUAUUGUUAAAAAAAACGCUCCUUUUGUGAAAGGUCACAAGGCACUAACCCAGUAAUGAAAUUUCUGACUGCAUGUACCCAAAUAGCCUAGCAAUUUCUCUUGUUACGUAUGUUACAUAACCCACAGGCACAUUUAGUUUUAUUUGUUUCAUUUAAUAGCAUAUCUGCUUUCAUUUAAAAAAAAAUGUUUUUACAAUUUGAUUUCCAUAACUAAACCAUUCAGUAGCUGUCUUAAGGCUAUCCUAUUUCACCUUUUACUGGGGACGUUUAGGGUAAAUACAUGCAGUAGAACUGAAUUAAAAUCAUUGCUGCCCCGCAGAAUUACACUUUUUAAAAUGUCCUUAUUUAAAGGGCGAAAAGAUGACCCUAGCUUUAAGUCUGUUCCAGAGGUUUCACCACUAAACUGUGCAUUGGGAGUUGACAAUGGACUUUCAGUAUGUAGCCAAAAAUAGCUUAAAGAAAUACUCCAUGCACCAUAACCACUACAGUUUAACUGGUGCCCCCGAUUGUAAGUAGUCAAACCAUUUUAGAACGGUUUGACUGAAUACUAAGGGUUUCCACGGCACCACUCAGGUGCCAGACUGAUGGUGCCAGACUUAUCUCAUUGGCUCAGAGUGGUCAGCCAAUGAGCUAGACCUACAGUGCAGGACUUCGCUCAGGAGAGCUAACGAAAGAUACUUUGUCUGGCUCUCUGUCCAAUGUAGUGAGGCAGGGAGCAGUACUUGGCAGGGUAGAUAUGGUUUUUGGAGUGUUCCUCUAAGCUGCUUAGGUGGUAGAGAGAUUUUUAUUUAUUUAUUUAUUUUUCUCCUGGGCUAGUUGAGCUUUCAUCUUACAAUCAAAUGGUUGAUCACCUUUUGUGUAAAAAGUAAAAAAAGAAAAACGAUGGUUUCUAUACAAGUAUCUAGAUCAGGUGUGAGCAAUCUAUGGUACUCGUGGUGCCUUUGCACAGCACUCAAGGCUGCCAGAGCCAAACAGGUUCUGGCCUAUCACGAGUACCAGUGGGACUCUGAUAGUGCAAAUUGAGCUGAGAUUGCAGGUGGUGAGGGACAAUUUAUGCAUUGCAGCACUUGGAGGAAGUAAUCUCAGAUCACUUCCUGCCUGCACUUGUGAAUGGGAAUCCAUACUGGAGAAGAGCAGUCCACAGCGGCUAUGCCCUUGACUUGUACUUGGCAAGCCCUUUCUCCAUCGGACCCCAGGGAAGAUACUCACACUGCUAGAAGGCUGCAGAAGGUGACUCCUCAUACAAAUAAUCCAAAUAGCUCACACACAAGCACAUAAACAGUCUCCACAAACACAACACCACUGGCAAUCCACUUACCUGCACACCACCGCACAAGCAGCCUCUCACAAGAAAUGCCAUAGGGAAUCCUACACAAACACCCUCCCCACCCCCCCAACACACAAUGUGGCAUCAUUCACACACAAUUCCACAAGCAGCGCCCAUACACAGCCCAUAUUCAUAGGUAUCUUACACAAUACCACAAACUACUCUUGAACGUGUACGGUACAAUAUAACCGCCCACAUACAUACAAAUACAAUGCUACAAAGCAACCGCAGCACCCACAAAUAACACAAGCAGAAUAUUGCAACAUACACUUUACAAUUUUUUAAAAAUAGGACCCGCACGCCAAGGGACUUCAAGAUUUAGUUUUGGCACAGUACUGAUCUAGAUGUAUAGUAGUCUGAGCCCUGUUUAAAGAGUUAGGCCAACCGUUUGUAUGCGCAUAAUAACCUAGUUACAGUACUACAAGGACUAAUACAAUAUUAUAAAGUUGAGCAAUGAAGUCAGGCAUCCAUAUUAAAUUGGUCUGUUCAUGAAAGUUCACAGAUUAUCGGCUUUUAAAAAAAAUCAAUAUCGAUCGAUCCCUAAUGGAUACCUCUAAAUAUUUACCCCUGUCACGUAAUACAGCACAUGGCUUUUAAGUAAGGCCUUGCCAACCUCAAGAAUCACACAGUUUCCUUUCCUUUCUCGCUGCCUACUUGGGAAUUAAUUGUCUCCUUUCACUUCGCCUUCCAUUAGGUCCUUUUUUGAUAAAAAGUGUUUAUUGCUAAUAUCUUGUUGUUCUCCUUGCGGUUGAAGUGUUGUCUAUUUUACCACCAUUAACCCACUCAAUAGUGCUCUUUGAAGCUGCCCAAAGAGUCAUCAGUUGAAGUGUGUAUGACCGGAUUGGUUGUCUUUUUCCCAUAGCAUUAGCGCCACACGUUACUUGCACUCAUCAGAUCAUAUUGAGUUACCUGUAAGUGAAGAGCACCUUGACAGCCACAAUUUCUUAACAAUGGCAAGCGUUUGGGGACUUUGCCAAAUUCGUGCCUGGUAAAGGUGAGUUUACUUACCUGAACCUGUUCCAUGCGAGUGCCGCCAUCUUGAUCCAACACUUCCUCUUCGGAGCCUAUAUCACUGCUGCAACUCUCCCACAAGCGUGAAAAUACAACACCGAGAUCCAAUUCCCUGCAGCAUCCCAAAGUCAAGCAGAGGAGAAAUACAGAGACAAAGAAGUCCCUACUUUGUCUUUGUAAAUAUUAUGUAUAUAUCUUGACUGGAUUGGAAUUUCAGUGAACUUUCAACACAGUCAAAAUGAGUCAAAAUUAGUAUUUCGUAAGACUCUAUUUAAAUACAUUCACACAAUGAAAAACAAACAGCAUAAAAAAAAAUAAUAAUGUAGAUAUUUGUCAGGGUUUCUGUUUAACAAAAAAACUUUCUUCUGGGCCCUGAUCUAGCAUUUAUUUUUAUUAUUGUUUUUAAUCCAUCAAGUGCUGUUACUAUUUCAUGAUUAUACAAUUUGCUUGCAGCCCCUAGAACAAGGUGUCAAGUUAACAAAGUCCUUGAGUGCAAGAUAUUUGCUUUUGUGUAUGUGUGGGUAUAUGUAUACUUUUGGUCAUACGCGCAUGCACACACAAGUUGGAGUGCUAUUUAUUUUUGGCUCUGAUUUAAACUGUAUACAGAACUCUCAAGGCACAGCUAGAACACACAGUUUGGCUGCUAUUUCUCUGUAUGUGUCAUGAACUAAAUCUUUUGAAGACAAGUAUAUGCACACAGAGCAUUUUGAAAGAAAGUUGCUGGAACACGCUGAGUUUUGUACAGGGCUGUAUGGGAAGAUUACCGUAGGUAACUUCAAUAGCAUUAACAAAGAGUAUGUAUAACAAAAAUGUCACUAACCCAGUGGAUUCUGAACCUUUUUUAAACUUGAAUCACAUAUGGCUGAUAUUUCUUAUAAGUGUUUUUAAGAACAUAAUUGCACUUUCAGUAUCUUAGAAUAUUUGCCAACAAAUAAAUGUGACCUGCUCUUUUGAUUUGUGAAAAAAAAUGCUUCUUGAAUGCUUGGGUUAGUGUAAAAACAAUGAGACCAUUCUGCUAGCAACUAUAUUGAAAUAUAUUUACUUUCUCUCAGCAAUAGCUUGAUAUAUUUUUGAUGGCUUUUCACUCUUUGUAGCAAAUGAGUUGGUAUGCCAAAAUGUCCAAUCAGAGAGACAGUAGUGACUAGACCAAGUCUUUGUAGUGUAUACCGCAAUAUAUAGCGUGACAAGAUGGCCUUGCCUUCAGUCAGGUGUAAAAUGUAAUUGUGUUAUCCGAUAGCUUCAUUUUAGGCAGUGGUUAAGGGUAAAUUUAAAAUGAUGGAGAAAUGUGCUCAGUCCCUAGUUUCACUUACCUAGAUAUCUGAAACUGCUAGUGAUCUGAUGUGGAGAGGAGUAAUGCCAAACUGCGGUAAGACUGGAAUUUUUGAACAGAAACUCAAUAGCACCUGUGAUGGAAAGGUAAUUGACCCAAUGAUUAGAAAUAGCACAGGCUGUAAGCCAGUCUGAGUUUCAGCAGCGAAGGGAGUCUUGUGUGCGCGUGUGUUUUGUUCUGAGAGAAAACUGUCGCCUGCAGCACUUGUGCUUUAUUUGGGAUUCCAUAAGAGACAAACCUGAAGAAUGAACGGACACAGCAGAAAUUGGAAUUCUGAUUUCAAACUGUAAGGAUAGUUAGUAGCUUGCUUCUAAGAGACUGAGACUGAUCUUGGAUGGAUUUAACUAUUUGUUACUAAUGUCAUAAACUACCAUUGCAGAGUCAUGUAUAGAAACAAUGUGUAGUAAAAUCCUUCUCUAAAAGCUGUUGAAAUCAAGAAAGAAAUAUUUAUAUGUUUGCCAAUCACCCUACUUCAUAAUAAGCACGUUUGAACCUGUAACUGUUUGAAUGGACAGAGAGUCACCUAAUCUGAAACUAUGAUCUGCACUCAUUUGGUGGUUUUGGACUCGACUGAUCAUUGUCUGUGAGUUCGUUUUUACAAGAAAGCUUCCAUGAAGACUAGCCUUUUAAAGAUUUGGUUGACUGAAUUGAUGAGUUGUUGUAUCCAGCCUUCCCAAUGGACUAUUAAUAUAUUAAACUCUGAGUUGGCUUCCUAAUUCUGAAUACAAGUUCCUUAGCAGGUAAGUUUCAGAUUCAUUUGUUAAAAAUAAGUUUUCCAUAUUAUUUUAUUAAUGUAAAGGUAGGUUCUUUCAGUGCUCACUCAGCAUUAAUGAUCAAUUAAAUGCUCAAAAUUAAUACUUUAAUAGAUUCAAGUUAGAAAAUAAUGGUGCACAUUAAUAAAAGGGUUUUUAUCACUUUUUUUGUUGUUGUUUGUUUUUUUACCCGUUCAUUGUUUUUUAUUGAGUCUCCAGAGAAUCUAGCUGUCAAGAAACGUUUUCUUUUACUACUCCUUUGUCAUGAUUUGUUCAGUACAGUUAAAAAAAUAAAAAUAAAUAAAUGAUAUAUUCCUGCAGAACGUUAAAGGGUUAAAAUGAGAUGGAGAUGGCACCCAGACCACUUCAUUCAAGUGAAGUGGUCUGGUUACCUAUUGUGUCCCUUUAAAGUUGAAAUAUAAAAAAAGCCUAAUUGAGGCUGGCAUAGCAGCAAUGAAGAUAUAUGAUCUCAAAAUGUCCGUGUGUGUCUGUCCCUAACAGUACAAGUUCAUAUGCAUUGCACUCAUGCUUAAGCUGCAGUUUUUUUGGCACAUAGUACACUCUUCACUAUUACAAAUGCUUCUAGCGCCUGAGUUUAAAGGGUUACGCCAAUCGCCUUUCCACUUCUGCUUUUAGAAGUGGUCAUGGUGGUAAGAAUCUGUAUGUCAUGGUGGUAAGAAUCUGUUUCUGCUUUAAAGGACCACUAUAGUGCCAGGAAAACAUACUCGUUUUCCUGGCACUAUAGUGCCCUGAGGGUGCCCCCACCCUCAGGGUCACACUCCCGCCCGGCUCUGGGGAGAGAAAAGGGGUUAAAACUUACCUUUUUUCCAGCGCCGGGCGGGGAGAUCUCCUCCUCUGAUCCUCCUCCUCUCCUCCCAUUUGGCUGAAUGCGCACGCGCGGCAAGAGCUGCGCGCGCAUUCAGUCAGUCUCAUAGGAAAGCAUUUACAAUGCUUUCCUAUGGACGCUUGCGUGUUAUCACUGUGAUUUUCACAGUGAGAAUCACGCAAGCGCCUCUAGCGGCUGUCAGUGAGACAGCCAUUAGAGGAUUUGGAGGGUGGAUUAACCCAUUUAUAAACAUAGCAGUUAAUGGGUUAAUCCUAGAGGGACCUGGCACCCAGACCACUUGAAGCUGAAGUGGUCUGGGUGCCUAGAGUGGUCCUUUAAACUCUGCACAUAUAGAAAAAUUUGCACUUUGAAUCUGCACAGUUUAAUCCCCGGCACAUGUAAUUUAUGCAGCCCGAAAUUCUAUUACAGGCUAUAUUAUAUCAAUUCUGUACAAAAAUGACAUCCGUCAUCAGCACAUACUGCACGCUGGUGACAAAUUGAAUGAGCUUCUCCACCGCUAGCAGCGCGCCUGCAGGUAGAAGAUUCAGUAUCACUAAUGAGUAUGUUUUCCUGGCACUAUAGUGUUCCUUUAAGUGGUCUGGAUGCAGUGUCCCUGUUCCUUUAACCCUGCAAUGUAAAACAUUGCAUGUUUAUAUUACAUUGCUAAGACUGCCUCUAGUAGUUGUCUACUAGAGGUGCUUCCUGCGGUUUCACAGAGUUUGACUUCGUGAAAUGAAGAUGGACGUCCUUACGCUUUGCAUGAGGACGUCCAGCAUGUGGAAAAGCCACAUAGGAAAGCAUUAAGUCAAUGCAUUCCAAUGAGAAAAGCCUAGUGCAGUGGCUGUGCUCCCCGCUCAUAUGCAUUAGAUUCCCCCCACCAGCUUACAUUGGCAGAGGAGAAGCCUGACCCGCUGCCAAGUAUCUGGGAUAGUGUUUAAUCUGUGCCAUGGGAGGUUCUUGAUGUCAUUAAGAAAGGAUUCAAGAUUACAUUUUUUGAAGGACCUGGUGAUUUUAACCUUGGGAGUUAGUGGGGGAAGGGUUAUUUAGCCCUUUCUUGGAAAGGCGCCAUGGGGGCAGAGGGUUCCUAUAGUGUUUAGGAGAGUUUUGUAUUCCUAACAUUGUGUUCCUUUAAAUAGUCCGUGAGUGACUGUGAUUGGUUUACGUUAAUUAUGACAUCAACAGGUAGAUGUCACUGGAGUGAAGCGAAUUUGUGCUGUGUCAAUAAAUGAUGAGAACAUCGGGGAGUAUGGUAUGGUGGAGUGUUUGACAUGGAAAAAGACAAGAGAAUGACAGAUGACAUAAUCCCAAAGGUGGAGAUAGAUUCAUACAGACUCCAUGAAAAAGUUUUCUUUCUUAAAGCACAGUGUUUUACUUGCAUCUCCUGUUUUGUUACUUGUACUUUAAACAACCACAUAAUCACUAUAGACUCUAGAGCGCAUUAAACAGGACAGUAGAUACGAAAUUCUAAAUUAAACUCACAGUGCAAUGAGGGAAGAUAAAAACUUUGAGCUCUUUUUCAGGAAGUAUGUAAGACGGCCGUGGUGUCGGCCAGGUGCUGCCUAGUGCUGCAUAACCAAAGUGAUUUAACUCCUAAAUAUCAGAGAAAUGAGCAGAGGGAUUCCAUGGGCAUAAUUUAUGCCAAAAACAACUUCACUAUAGAACCACUAUAGUGCCCUGAGGGUGCCCCCACCCUCAUGGCUCCCCUCCCACCGGGCUCUAGGGGGAGGAAGGGGUUAAACACUCACCUUUCUCCAGCGCCGGGCUCCCGCGGCGUUGGGGACUCUCCUCCUCCUUUGGCCGCUGAUUGCGCAUGCGUUGCAACAACCGCGCGCACAUUCAGCAUCCUAUGGACGCUGGCGUCUUCUAACUGUGAAAAUCACAGUGAGAAGCGCGGAAGCGCCUCUAGCGGCUGUAAAUGAGACAGCCACUAGAGGCUGGAUUAACCCAUAUGUAAACAUAGCAGUUUCAGAUGGACCUGGCACCCAGACCACUUCAUUGAGCUGAAGUGGUCUGGGUGCCUAUAAUGGUCCUUUAAGCUAAAAUUCUGGUGCUUAAAGUGUCUUUGUAAGAUAGUGGUUCCAGUCGAGUUUCCUCAGAAAUGCCGCAACAGACAUACCGCAACAUUUAGGUGACAAACCAACAUUCAGUAACAUCCAUUUAAGAAUUUUAUAGAUAUACACCUAUAAAAAUCUCCAAGGUCUGUGAAAUGCAAGCCUGUGUAAUUUACUUCAGCACUUACCCUUUGUCUGCAUGAGUGUCAUGUGAAACCUAAGCCACUGCAGCUGCAGUACAGAAUGUGAUCUAUCACUGACCUAGAUUGUAUUGUGUUUCUUAGGCCUUGAAAAUCAGUCUAGCAUGGUACAAAAACUGAGAAGUAAACAAUGUUUUAAAGCCACUAAAAGUUAUAUUGAGCAAGGUAGUACAAACAGAAACAAUCUCUAAUAUAUGAGCACAAGGAUUUUCAAGUAUUUCUUGUUUGUUUGUUUCAAGGGAUAUUAAAGUCGCCAAAACAAUUUUAGUUUAAUGAAGCAGUUUUGGUGUAUAGAUCAUGCCCCUGCAGUUUCACUCCUCAAUUCUCUGCCAUUUACGAGGUAAAUCACGUUUAUACAGCCCUAGUCACACCUCCCUGCAUAGCCCUCCUAAACGCUUCCUUUACAAUUACAUCUAAUUUUUAAACUUCCUGUAUUGUACACUCUUUUUAAAAUUAGAUUUUCUCAUCUCCUGCUCUGUAAAUAGCCCUUUAUAAGCAUCCUGUGUGUGAUUAAAGUUCAAUUUAUAAAGGAGAUAAAAAAGAAAGUUAACAUCUGAUUGAAAAUUAAACCAUAUUAUAUUUUUUUAUGCAUGUUCAGAACCAAAAGUGAUUUAAGUGGCAGAGAAUUGAACAGUGAGACUGCAGGGGCAUCUAUACACUAAAAUCACUUAAUUGAGCUAAAGUUGUUAUGGUGACUAUAGUGCCCCUUUAAAGAUUGAUUUGUGUGACUACAUAUUCUAUAUACUUUCUGUACUGAUCAUACUCCAUGAAAGGGUGCUUAGCAAAUUGUAAUACAAUUUAAAGGACCACUAUAGUGCCAGGAAAACAUACUCCCGCCCGGCUCUGGAAGGGGGAAAGGGGGAAAAACUUACCUUUUUCCAUCGCUGGGCGGGGAGCUCUCCUUCUCCGUUCCUCCCCGUCGGCUGAAUGCGCACGCGCGGCGAGAACUGCACGCGCAUUCAGCCGGUCGCAUAGGAAAGCAUUCACAAUGCUUUCCUAUGGACGCUGGCGUGCUCUCACUGUCAAAAUCACAGUGAGAAGCACGCGAGCGCCUCUAGCGGCUGUCAAUGAGACCGCCACUAGAGGCUUUGGGGGAAGGAUUAACCCAUUCAUAAACAUAGCAGUUUCUCUGAAACUGCUGUUUAUAAAAGAAUGGGUUAAUCCUAGCUGGACCUGGUGCCUAGAGUGGUCCUUUAAAAAUACUUUAAAGGCAAACUGUCGCUUUUUAGGAUUAAAAAAUAAAUAAAUAAAACGUUUACUUAUUGCCUAUUUUAACGAACGUGUUUGCGAGGUGUCAAAAGUAGCAAUAUAAAACUCUUAUCUUGCACCCAACGUCAUCCAUCUUGGCUCCCUGUCAAUCAUUUCAAUAAACGCUGCUCUGUGCACCUUGCAAUCAGAAUAAACAGAGCACAGAGAGAGGAGAAGUUAAACAAUGUUUCUGUUUCUUCUUAUGCUGUUCAUGGUGUGCCUGGUCCGCACUGAACUUUAACACAAUUGUAGAAAAUAAUAAAUGUUUAAAGCGCUAAAAAAAAACAGGCAUUCAAAAGACUAACUAAUGGGUAAAAAGUCCUCUGAACAAGCAAUUGUUAUCAGUGUGAAUAAUACUAUAUAGCGAUUAAAAAGAUUAAUAUGCUGCUGCACACUUUAGUGUUUACACAGAAGGGGACAGACCCCUAACACGCAGUAAGAGUAAUAUUAAGUAUAAAAAAGUGGAGCGCAAAAUUGAAUACUUAGACUAAUAUUUUUGUGGUGCCUCAGUUCCAGUUGUCAUGUAAAACAAACAACGAUUUGGAAGAUAGUGUAAUAUUGUUUUGUCUACGGCUUUGUCAGGACGUGAGUAUAAUUCACUCCAUCUUUGUUGUGGAUAUUUAUGGGCAAAUUCCUUUCAGAUUGACUUCAUUUUCAUUGUUUUUUCUCAAUGUUCUUAUUUGCAUAAUUAUGUGAGUCCGCGGGCAAUUAUGUGCCACAGCGGUCAUGAAGUGAACCCGACCAUCUGUAGAGACUGGUUACUUGGAGGGAGGAGAUUGGAUUGUCAUCUCAACAACUGUAGUUGACCGUCUGAAGGUCAAUGCGCUUGUCAGUGGCAGGAUUUGGUACCGCAUAUACUCGCCACCAAUUUUCAGUAAGGGGCAGAGACACCUAUCCUUAUGUGCAAUUUCCCUAAUUCAUUUUAUAAUGUUUUAAAUAAGUGUUAAAGGAGCAAUAUAGUGCCAGGAAAACAAACUUGUUUUCCUGGCUCUGUAGGGUUAUUAGGUCCCCACCCUUCCCCCACCCCACUGGGUUGAAUGGCUUAAAACACUUACCUUAAUCCAGCGCCGGGCUCCCUCGGCGCUGGUGACCUCUUCACCCCUUGCCGACGUCCACUCCUAAUGCGCAUGCGUGGCCAGAGCCGCGCUCGCAUUCAAACCGCCCAUAGGAAAGCAUUACGGUUAUCGCAUUAAGGAUUGUGAAAGCGGCCUCUAGUGACAGCCACUUGAGGCUGGAUUAAUCCCUCAAUGUAAACAUAGCAGUUUCUCUGAAACUGCUAAAUUUACAGCUGCAGGGUUAAAACUAGGGGGACCUGGCACCCACACCACUAAAUUGAGCUGAAGUGGUCUGGGUGCCUGUAGUGGUCCUUUAAUUAAUUGUUUACCCAUUAAUCCUCCAUUUUGGGAUGAUAUAUUUGUUUAUAAUGUAUACAUAUUAUUCCUAAACUAUAUUACACUAUCUUGCAUAUCUUUGUUUGAUUUACAUGACAACUGGAAUUGAGGCACCACAAAAAUAUUAGUUUAAGUAUUCCAUUUUGCGCUCCACUUUUUAUACAUAAUACUUAAUAUUAUACUUAAUAUUAACACAAUUAUAUAAGUGCAAUUUUAUGCUAUAUCAGUUGUGCAAUUUCCAAAUAAAUGAUGGCCCCCAUUAUAGUGCAAAACCUAUAGAAUGAGAGAAGUUACACAACAAAUACUAGAACGGGCAUCAACCAUUGGUAGGUUUUCCCUUUACUGUUAAAGGAAAACUAUAGCCUUAGGAAUAAAAACAUGCAUUCCUAACGCAGUAGUGUCCUCACACUAAUUUGGCCCACCCCCAUGAUGGUUUGAAAAGUGGGUGCUACUUACCUUUCAACCCUUUGCUGCAUCAGUCUCUGCGAUCGCACUCCACCUAUUUGACUGAGAUCAUCCGCGUAAAGGAUAUCAGCCAAUCCAAUGUUUCUAACUCGAUUAUUUUGCUGGCAGUGCCUCUAAUGUAAUUGUGACCGCUACUGGAGGCAUGGUAUCCCUGCAAUAUAAACACAGUCAUCCUACAGAAUGGCAAUAUUUUCAGUUGCAGUGUUAUUAUUAAUAUUUUAUUAUUUAGAUAGCACCAGCAAUUUCCGUAGCGCUGUACAAUGGGGUUAAACAGACAAGGACAUCGCACGCAGAACACUUCAUUGAGAUUAUUAUUUAUAAAGCACCAGCAAAUUCCACAGAGCUGUACAAUAGAUGGAUUUACAAACAAAUAUUUGCAACAAGGUGAGGAUUUGCAACAGGAGCCCUGCUCAAGUGAGCUUACAUUCUACGAGGUGGUCUAGGUGUCUAUAGUUACAUUUAAGGAAUAACGUUUGUUUUAUCGUCCCAAGAUGUCCAUGACAUUACAUAGAAAACUGUGAACCUAUGUGCAUCGAGGUGAAGCUGAAUUAAUCUGUCCACAAAAAUGAUAGUGGCAGGGUUGAACAGCUUGAAACUACUUUUUAGGAUUGUCUAAUCACUUCACUAUCACUGCAACAGUUUUGUUUUGGUUUUUUUGAGGCUGAAAAUUGGUUCUGGGUUAGCGUACAUUUCAAUGCAUUCCAUUAGAAACAUGGCACAAUCUAUGUUGUAUAAAUGGAUCUUUAAAUAAAUGCUGAGGAUAAAACAAUAAUUUUGUGUAAAUGAAGCUAUAUAUUUUGUAAUUUCUACUUAUGUGUAACUAUUUACAUACAUACAAGCAUAUCAGAAACUGCAAGUGUUGGUUCUUUUGGUGUAUGUUUUAAUUCAUUUUAAUCACAACAUAUAAUAAUUGGCAAAGUGCCUAAAGUGGCAAUAUAAAUAAGUAAAAAUACACACAAUAAAUGGGAUUAAAUCUUAAAGUGACUAGGCAAUAAAAUAUACAGAUUUUUCCCUUAAUAAAGUGCAUCAAAGUAAUGUGCACAUUGCAAAGUGCAUAACAGAAAAAGUGCCCUUUAAAAUCUUCCUCACUGGAACAAAAAAAAAAUCCUUUGGUGUCAUCAAAGUUUAAGGAUGCUGAUUUUUCAUGCUUUCGACAACACCAAACCUAUAACAGUAAUCUAUCUUGUGAUAAUCACAUUUCUUGGUACUUGCAGACACUGCUAAUGUAAUCAAUCAGCCUGCCUUAUAAUCACCUGAAGCCAUUCUAAUAGCAAAAAGACAAAAUGGUUUUUGAUCCACAUCAUAAGACUCCCUGAUCCUAAUAUUAUUUAGUAUUUUCUUUAAAGGGGCACGAUAGUCACCAGAACAACUAAAGCUUAAUGUAGUUGUUCUGGUGAGUAUAGUCAUUCCCUGCUGUGAACAAUGUCAUUUUAGAGAAAAGGCAGUGUUUACAUUACAGCCUAGGAACACCGUGAGAGGCUACUCCUCAGACUGUCACUAGAGGUGCUUGACGUUCAGCGUGUCCACGCUCUUCAUUCAAUACAUCUCUAUGAGGAGAUGCUUAUUGACCAUGGCGGCAUUUGGCUCUGCUCCCAACCCGCCUUUGAUCUGCCUCCAGAAUUGAUGAUCUCAGCCAAUUCAAUGCUUUUCUGACCCAAUAGUGUUCCUUUAACGUGUCUCCAAAAUAGUAACAGAGGGGGGCGGUCAGAGACUUUAGACACAUACAACAUUUUAGAUAUUUUUCCAUGAUCUGUUGGAGAUUCUAAAUCAAGCUGUGUCUUUAUGUUGCUGUUCACAGGAUUCCAAUUUCUGUGGAGACAUGUCAGGGCUGUAUUUUAUGUCACGUGACGUUUUCUCACCUCACUCCGCAGCAGCCUCUAGCUUCUUUUUUGGUGAUGUCACCUGACAUCACUUGAAAUCUCUUCCAAUCCAUUGCUUCUCAUAGAGAAGUUAUGGAUUGUAACAUGAAAGACAGCCACUUGGGGUGGAUUUAACGCUGCAAUUUAAGCAUUACAUAGUCUUCAAAUGUGCAAUGUUUUAUUACAUUGCAGUGUUUAAAUAACAGGACCACUGCACCCAGACCACUUUGUUGAGAUGGCGUGCUCUGGGUGACUUUAGUGAUCCUUUAAAUGGUUAACACUGUUUAUAUGUGAUUUUCUUUGUUUUAUGUAACAUUAUAAUUUUUAGAGAAGUACGUUUUCCAUUUAUUUUUUUGUAUAAAAAAUUAUUUUCUGUUUCCUGUAUUUUAUCUGUUCCAAAACACCUGAUCAUGCAAAUGUUAAGCAUGAUCCAAAGUGUCUACUAAUGGCAAUUAACCUUGGGAAUUUUUUUUAUGUGACUAGACGUGUAACAUACUAAUAAUAUAUGCUUACUGUACUUUCUUUUUUUUUUUUCUCUUUCUUCUAGGGCAGGUGGUGUUGCAUAUUCAUAAGUCAGUUGGCUUCCUAAGCUAUUGAUACUUUUCACUUUCAUUGAUUUAUUAAACAAAACCAGUUGAAUGUUUUCCUGAAAGGGAGAUCUAUGCUAUUCAAAACUUGCACAAAGUGCAUUCAGAGUCUCUACGGAAGAAAAUGCUUGAAUGUUAUCUAUCAUUUUUGUACAAAGACUAAUUCAGUAGGGUGACACUACUCCUUUGAGUAUCGUUUUUCUUUUCUAACAAUUUAACAUUUGUAGGUUAAAUGGUUUAUGAAAUCAUUCUCUGAAUGUAUGUCGUUGGCUGCCUUAAAGGAACACUAAAGCAUUAGGAAUGCAAACCUGUAUUCUUAACUCUUUACUGUAUCUGUCCCUAUCUAAACAAGGCCUUCUCCAGUUCAGAGCAAAAAAAAGCUUUUUAGACCUUAGAGGUAACUCCAACGAAUGUGCCCUGAAAUGGUACCCCUGGACCGACUUUCCACCAUAGGGAGGGAAUGCAGACCUAGACACCCACUAACACCAGGACAUAACCCUCCGGAAAUACACAGGGAAAGAUGACCAUCCCAACAAGACACCGGGAGGGAGCAUACCAUGACACUAGAGAGGGGACACUCGCAAGCUCUGACCGACAGAACCGAUGUUGUUGACCAGGACAUAGCAUGCAGUGGUGGCAUUAAAUUAUAGAACUACAACUAGCCUCCCCUCCAUCCCCAUUUUUUCUCUCUCUCUCUGCUUUUCUCUUUAUCUCCUACUCCACUGUCUACCUACUGUCCUCCCCCCUCAUUAUAUUUGUCCCCACCCACCGCUCAAGGGUGGGGGGCGGGGAAGGACAGAAGAUCCACCCCCCACCCACCCAUUGUAAUUUAGGGCCCCCACCUGCCGUGCAGGCGUGGGGGCCGGAUAGUAGGUUGUUUUUUAAAAUAGUUAGCAGCCACAGGCUGCUCACUGUUUAGUGGACAUGCCCCUACUCGCAGUAUAGCGAGUAGGGGCAUUCGGGAGAUUUUAAUCUCCCUUAUGCUAUUAUGGGGGUCAUAUUGACCCCCAUAGAGUGAGGGAGAACAUGGGGGGCUUAGGAAGUGGCGGGGAGCAAUGCUCCCUGCCGCUUCUAUCUUUACAUAUUACAAGGAGGGAGCUGCGUGCCGGUAGCUCCCUCCUUGUAAUAAACUGAACGAACAAACGAAUCCUGAUACACAGUGUUUGUAUGUUCGUCUGAUUUUUCUAUUCAUUCAUUCGUCUUUCUGACGAAUGAAUGAAUAGAUGAAAUUCCCGUUGGCAUGCCUAAGUGUUUCACUGGACAUGUGCGAGAAUCUCAGUGCUAUCUAGUGUGGGCAGAUGACGUGUCCCACAGGGACUUCAUCUACCCACACAAAGAUGGCGGCGCCCUGAAUAUAGAUUGGGGCAGAAAAUAAAGAAUAAAAAAUAGGUAAUAUGGGGGGCUUAGGGGCAUUUGGGGGUGACUAGGGGGUCAGUUAGAUGUAGUGGAGUCGGGAGGGGGGUUUAAAAAAAAAAAAAAUGGAUUCGGCCAUGACAGUGCCGCUUUAAGCACUGGCGAGUUUCAUAGACUUGGUUAAGCAGGGCUUGACAAAUCCCAGGAGCCAUGGUGCCUAGGGACGUAGACCAUAACCUUAUGGCAGAGGUACAUUAUAGCAUUAGGGAUACCGUUUUUUUAUUCCGAGCCGUGGUGUUCCUUUUAUAUAAAAAAAAAACAGCCCGGGGAGGGUCUUCAUAAGGUACAAGUCUUUAAAGAUACAUUUCUUUUCUUCUGUAAUCUUUUCAAAUACUACAAAGCAUUCACAAAAAUAAUCAAUUCCCUAUGCUUCAAAUUAGGACUUGUGCAUUUAUUAGCCAGUAUCUGUGGAAAACUGCUUAAUUUAAAUCAGAUUGGCUUUAUUUACACAAUUCGAAAUCUGUAGUCUUUCAUUACUGUUGUUGAUUGCAAAUUCAGUGCUUUCGUUUUACGAGUAUAAUCACAGCAAAUUUCAAGUUAUUUAAACUGAGCUUUUAUGUUUACAGAGUGCGUGUACAAUUACGCUAUGCAGCUACUAUUAAAUAGACCUGAUAUCAAAGGGAUGGAUUUCCUAUGUAUACAGGACUUUAUAUGUGUAGCUUUACAACAAAGGAGACUAUGAGGGAGGAUUUACCAAGACAAUCAAAGCUUUACAGCACCCCACCUUUAAAAUAUACUUUGCAUCUUUUGAGGACUCAUUCACUAAUCCUUACUCUCUUGCCUAAAUAUGCCUGAGGCUUUGCAUCUUAUUUAUCUGGGUUUGUUUCUGUAUGUUCCUCUGGUACUAUCUCUGUAAGAAAUGCAUGUAAAUAACAACUCUGCUGUCUCAGGGUUCUGCAGUUCUACUUAUUGCAAAGCUAAAGUGCUUUAACUUUCCCUUGGGAAGAAAACACUAUAUGAAAAAUGAAAUAUAAAAUCACAGCAGAGAUAACCAGUAGUAUGGUACUAAAGUAUUUGAGACAUUGUAAGCUCUAUGGUGCCUUUUUUUUAAAGGACCACUAAAGGCACCCAGACCACUUCAGCUUAAUGAAGUGGUCUGGGUGCCUGGUCCAUCUAGGAUUAACCCUUUCUGCUGUAAACAUAGCAGUUUCAGAGAAACUGCUAUGAUUACCUAUGGGUUAAUCCAGCCUCUAGUGGCUGUCUCAUUGACAGGCGCUUCCGCGCUUCUCACUGUGAUUUUCACAGUGAGAAGACACCAGCGUCCAUAGGAAAGCAUUGAGAAUGCUUUCCUAUGAGCCUGGCUGAAUGCGCGCGCGCGCAGCAAGAGCCGCGCGCGCAUUCAGCCAAUGUGCAUUCAGCCGUUGACGGGAAAGGAGGCGGAGAGUUCCCACCGCCAGGGGAGCAGUGGAGAAAAGGUGAGUGUUUAACCCCUUCCUCUCCCUAGAGCCCGGCGGGAGGGGGACCUAAUGGUGGGGGGGACCUAGAGACCCUAUAGUGCCAGGAAAACGAGUAUGUCCUUUAAUUUAUUUUUUGUAUACUCCAUAAAAGCAUUGUAAAAUGUUACAUUAAUUCUCUUGCUCAUGUAUUUGCCAACCAAAAAGCAUUGUUGAUUGAUGAGAAAAAAUGCUAAAGGCCUACUUGUGUUUUCUGGUACACUAAAAUAUAACUUCUUAAUGUCAGCGUUUUAAUUACUUUAUCACAGAAUAUUUAAAAACAAACAAAAACUUAAUAGAUUAAACAUAAUUCAUAUAGUGCUUUUUGUUUUUUUCUGGAAUGACGUAAACCACUUACGUGCAGACCACAGAUUUUUUUAAUGUUCUUUUUCAACUAUUUUUUUGCCAUACUUUAACUUGCUCACUUGCCUGUUGCACUUUAUAGAGUGGUUUAGUAGGAUCUAAGUUAAUCAGUGUUAAUAGACUGAGUUGAUCUUAAAAACCGCAGCAUGUUUUGGAAACCUAUUUGAAUUUAUUGAUAUUUUAGUUUUUUUUCCCCCCUGAUUCUAUGUUUAAUAAAUGACUGCUUUCUUACAUUUGUAUGUUGUCUAUUUUAAUGCAUUUUCUAUUGUGUUUCAGUUUCAUUACAAGAUAUCACGAUGAGGAAAGCCUUUCGAAGUUCAACCAUUCAGGAUCAACAGCUGUUUGACCGCAGAACUUUGCCAAUUCCGCUCCAUGAAACAUAUGACUUAUGUGAACAUCCUCCUCCUCUAAAUAUACUAACUCCCUACAGGUCAGUAUUGGCUGUUCGUUAUUAAAUGCCAACCUAAGAUACAUUGAUCAAAGAAACUUAAACUGAUGUAGCAGACAUGUCUGAAGGAGAAUAUGACAUAUGGGACACAGAUGUCCCAGAAGUUGUAUAGGUGAAGACAGUCUUCUAAAUUGCACACACCAGGAGUAUUUGUAUGUGGCUAGUUAACGUUCAUGUGCUAGAAUGUUUUAGAGAUUCGGGCAAAAGCCUUAUAAGGGGCAGAAUUUGACAGGAGUGGUGGAGAACCUUAUGUCAAAGAGGCCCAAAUUGUUGUGUAUUUAUUGGAUUAGGGAUGUAAGAGGAAGCAGAGUCUUGGAACACUUGUUUGACCAGUUGAAACCUUAGUAUUGAUGGGGUGGAAUGCCAGUAGUUCGCUUUACAGAUUUCCUUUCUUGUUACGUGUUGUGUAAUUAAAUUUAAAAGGGUAGUGGAACUUUGUACUGAUUACCACUGAGUCAUGAUCAUCAAGAAGGUAGUCAUGACAAGAGGUAAGUGAGAUAGGUUUUACUGAAUCAUGAUUGAGAAAUGGUGGAAGUGAUAGGAUUAAACAUGACUGUGAAGGACUGAAUUCAUAGAAGACAAAAAGUCAUGGUGUUGUACUAUCAUCACUAGUUAGAGUAUGACCAUUGGUGAAAAAGACCAGACUGAUAACUAUUAGGAUAUAGGAGAUAAGGAAAGUGGCAAUACCUUUGGGUACCAUCUGUGCUUAGGUGUGCAAAUAUCAUUGCUAUGCUUAUGAAUCACUGGAAGGUGUGAAAGAGCAGGAAUAUACAACAUACUAACAACUUAAUUGAGCUUACUGUUUGAAUUUCUCAAAUUUAAUUCUGUAAUUUCUUCACUGAAUCGAAAACAGAUUAUUUCCACAUUUAAGAAGUGAGACCAUUUUAAAUCCUGAAUGUGAUAGCAUGGUGUAAAUAUUUUUUUUUUUUUUUUAAAGAGUGUGUAUCCCCAGUAAUCUCGUAAUAACCAUGAGAAAUGUGGUUUUGCACCCCCUCCAUAUUCAAUUUUUUUAGAGAGGUGGGGGAGGGUGCAUGCAGCAGAGGAAAAGAACCAUGAUAACUGUUCAGAAAGACACCACAAUGCUUACGUAGAUUUUAAAGUUGGACACCUCACUAACACUGUAUUUAUAAAGGGGGUGGGGAUUAGAUAACUAGGUCAGGUAAACCCAUGAUCCAUUCAUUCAGUAAGCUCCCCCAUCUUAUGGAGAAGGAGGAGACAGGGUCAGAAUUAUUAGCCACUUCCUUAGUCACUUCUAUUGUCUCCUGCUGCGAUAGUGGUCCCAGCAGACUUAAACUUUUGUUUAUACCCCCAUUCAUGUACACAUACAUGCUUCCUUUUGUUUGCAAGGGAUCAUGAAUAACUGUCUAGAGAAUUUAGAACACUCACUCAGCUUUGUAUCUUAUCCCAGUUGCCAAUACUUACAAAGCAUCAAGGAAUUGGGAGCAGAAGAGAAAUAAUAUAGUAUCUUGCUAUGUCAUGCAGCCCCCCUGUCUGCUGUAAGAUCUGUGCAGACCCGCAUUCACUAGCCUGGCAGUGACAAGCCUAUUGCCAGUUUCGGAUGACUUUCAUGCUGUGUCUGGCAGCAGUGUUAAACAACUAAUUAUUUGUUUCAUGCCAACCUUAUUUCUAGGCAAGCUUUAUGGACUGACAAGAUAAUUUUGUGGGUUGCCACCGCCAUAAUACAAUUUUUGUAGUUUGCUAGUGUCUCUCCACUUCUGUCCACCAUGCCCGCUGUACUGAUUAUGAUAGCAGGGAUACAAACCAUUUAGCAAUGUUUUGUCCUCUUACCUGGCAUUGGCCAGCCUGGAACUGUAGUUCUGAUCUUGCUAAUGAUGCCACUAAGGCUGCAACAGGGUUAAAUUCUGUUUUUGCACUGUUUACAAGCACAAUGCUCUGCAUACAGACUUUAGGUACCAUCAUCACUUCAAAUAAUUGAAGUGGUCAUGGUCCUUGGAGUAACCCUUUAACUAGUUUUAAACAAAUUGAAUGUAUUUUUGUUUUAACCAUACUAAAUGACUGGCUGUGUGUAUUUAUAGAGCAUCAAAUAAAGUCCUGUCAGUCAUUCAAAAACUAAAUUGUAUGCUUUGUGUAGGAAUUUGACCUCCAUUGUGUAUACAAUUCAAGACUGUAAAGGCACUGUAAGGGUUAAAGUGGCCAUCUUGUUUGGCAUGACUGGUACUCUUGGAUGUGACUUCAAAAUGCACAAAAAAUAACACAUUCUCUAUAUUUAAAGACCCAUUCUUUUGAAUUUUAGUUCUCUGUGUGUUCAGUUAUGCACAUAACCUCCCAGUCUCUCUGCUCUCCAGGUUAAAAUGAACCUUAUGAAUUGUGAAAAUAAUGCAUUAAAAAUAAUCAAAAACAUAGAAUCGAAUAUAAUUAAAAAUUAGUUCCGUCUUUCUGUGUGAAUCCUCACAUGAUCAUCAAUCUUAAGCUUUUCCAAUUCCCGUAAGUAGUUUUCCUAGUCAGGGGUCUCACAUUCUGGUCUGUUGAAUCUAUUCAUCUUUUGGACCUGUUAACCAAGCGCUACAAAAGUUAAAAGAAUACUAGCUGUUUAUCACUCGUUCCAGAAAUAGAAAUGUGACUGUCGCUAGCCUUCACAUUGUAUAUAUCAUAACCUGUGUCACUGCCUGCUUGUCCAAUAGUAUCUGGGUGGAGUGGCUGACUAAUAGUUUUCAAUGUUCUCUGAGCAGCAUCAGUUCUGACUAUAUCACGUGUUUCUGUUAGUGCCUUUCUGCUUUUUGACAGUUGUUGGCUGAAUUAUAACUGCUCUCAGCCAGUCAGCGGCGCCUCUGCCCGGCGGCACUCCACGCUUACUGAAUCUGAAAAUUCAGAAGCUGGAUGCCUCCAGAGGGAGAGUGGACAUCGCCACUGGAAGUAGCUUUUGGGUAAAUCAUUCGAGAACAGUCACAGCCAAUGAAUUCCAUCUAAACAGGGGCAGAUAUCACUAAUUUGGAUAUCCAUAGAGGAGGCUGCACUAUAGAAAAAGAUAAGUAGCUUUUUCACCUCUUUUUUUUUUUCAAUGGGAAACUACUGAUAGCCUGAGAGUGUCAAGGGACUUUCUCAGCCUAUCAUUGGUGCCUGGUCCGAGACUUUCUUAUUGAAGCCACACAACAUUGAGAAGAAGUACAGGAGCAGAGCGAUCGGGUGUCUUUGUAGUUAUUACCCCUUCAGGUAAACUGGUGCCUUUAAUAUCUUCUGUAUCCCAUGGUAAUAUGCACACAGAAAUUAAACUGCAUUUUUUUUCUACACCAAUUACAGAAUUGCUUGUGCUUUCUGCACAUGGUACACAACAGAUGUCACAGAUCUAUGCCUAUUAUUUAAGUAAACCAAUUAAAGUUAAAAUAAUGUGCUGUACUUUGAACAUUUUGUUCGAGUGAAAAAAUGAAUUGCAAUUCCAGAAGCAUUUUUUUUUUACCAUUAUUUGAUCUGCAACUAGGUUGUUGCCAAAUUUCCUUAAGUGACUUUUUCACAUUCCAAAUGGGAUUCUGAUUUAGCUAUAUGUUGUAUUGGAGUUAUGCUCAUGGCCAUCUGACACUAAAUGGGGGUCUUGUACGUCACUUGCAAAUUGCUUUGUCAUGGUAGCACAUUUACAAAUGCAUUUACAUUUCAUUGUUGAAAAUAUGUUUAACAUAAAAAAUCUCCAAAGUAAUGCAGUAAAAGAAAUAAGGAAUGAAGAAGAAAAACGUACAGGGUGAAGACUUAUUCGGGGUAUAUAAUGAAGAGAUAUGCGAUAUUAAGAGGAAGUAUUAACCUACUGUGCUUAAUUAUAGGGUGUAAACUAAGAAUAGCAAGUAAUUGUACAUUUCAUUAUUCAUGAUUCCAUUGUGUGUUAUUACUAUAUAUUAGCUGAGCAUAUACAUACUAUUAAAUGCCACAUUUUGAAUAUUGUAUGUGAGUUUUAUACAGUAUCUCACAAAAGUGAGUACACCCCUCACAUGUUUGUAAAUAUUUUAUUAUAUCUUUUCAUGUGACAACACUGAAGAAAUUACACUUUACACUACAAUGUAGUAAGUGUAAAUUUGCUGUCCCCUCAAAAUAACUCAACACACAGCCAUUAAUGUCUAAUCCGUUGGCAACAAAAGUGAGUACACCCCUAAGUGGGAAUGUCCAAAUUGGGCUCAAUUAGCCUUUUUCCCUCCCCGGUGUCAUGUGACUUGUUAGUGUUACAAGGUCUCAGGUGUGAAUGGGGAGCAGGUGUGUUAAAUUUGGUGUUAUAGCUCUCUCACUCUCUCAUACUGGUCACUAGAAGUUCAACAUAGCACCUCAAGGCAAAGAACUUUCUGAGGAUCUGAAAAAAAGAAUUUUUGCUCUACAUAAAGAUGGCCUAGGCUGUUAGAAGAUUGCCAAGACCCUGAAACUGAGCUGUAGCACAGUGGGCAAGACUAUACAGCGGUUUCACAGGACAGGGUUCACCCAGAACAGGCCUCGCCAUGGUCGACCAAAGUAGUUGACUGCACGUACUCAGCGUCAUAUCUAGAGGUUGUCUUUGGGAAAUAGACCUAUGACUGCUGCCAGCAUUGCUGCAGAGGUUGAAGGGGUGGGGGGUCAGCCUGUCAGUGCUCAGACCAUACGCCACAUAAAUUGGUCUGCAUGGUUGUCAUCCCAGAAGGAUGCCUCUUUUACUGAUGAUGCACAAGAAAGCCCACAAACAGUUUGCUGAAGACAAGCAGUCUAAGGACAUGGAUUACUGGAACCAUGUCCUGUGGUCCAGUGAGACCAAGAUAAACUCAUUUGGUUCAGAUGGUAUCAAGCGUGUGUGUGGCAGCAACCUGGUGAGGAGUAUAAAGACAAGUGUGUCUUGCCUACAGUCAAGCAUGGUGGUGGGAGUGUCAUGGUCUUGGCCUGCAUGAGUGCUGCCGGCACUGGGGAGCUACAGUUCAUUGAGGUAACCAUGAAUGCAAACAUGAACGGUGACAUACUGAAGCAGAGCAUGAUCCCUUCCCUUCGGAGACUGGGCCGCAGGGCAGUAUUCCAACAUAACGACCCCAAACACACCUCCAAAACGACCACUGCCUUGCUAAAGAAGAUGAAAGUAAAGGUGAUGGACUGGCCUAGCAUGUCUCCAUACCUAAACCCUAUUGAGCAUCUGUGGGGCAACCUCAAAUGGAAAGUGGGGAGCACAAGGUCUCUAACAUCCACCAGCUCAGUGUUGUCGUCAUGGAGGAGUGGAAGAGGACUCCAGUGGCAACCUGUGAAGCUCUGGUGAACUCCAUGCCCAUGAGGGUUAAAGGACCACUAUAGUGCCAGGAAAACAUACUCGUUUUCCUGGCACUAUAGUGCCCUGAGGGUGCCCCCACUCUCAGGGACCCCUCCUGCCCGGUUCUGGGGAGAGGAAAGGGUUAAAACGUACCUUUUUUCCAGCGCCGGGCGGGGAGCUCUCCGCCUCAGAUCCUCCUCCUCUCCUCCCUUUCGGCUGAAUGAGCACGCGCGGCAAGAGCUGCGCGCGCAUUCAGCCGGUCUCAUAGGAAAGCAUUUACAAUGCUUUCCUAUGGACGCUUGCGUGUUCUCACUGUGAUUUUCACAGUGAGAAUCACGCAAGCGCCUCUAGCGGCUGUCAAUGAGACAGCCACUAGAGGAUUUGAGGGCUGGAUUAACCCAUUUAUAAACAUAGCAGUUUCUCUGAAACUGCUAUGUUUAUUUAAAAAAAGGGUUAAUCCUAGAGGGACCUGGCACCUAGACCACCUCAUUAAGCUGAAGUGGUCUGGGUGCCUAGAGUGGUCCUUUAAGGCAGUGCUGGAAAAUAAUGGUGGCCACACAAAAUAUAGCCACUUUGUACUUCCUUUUGUUACCAACGGUUUAGACAUUAAAGGACCACUAUAGGCACCCAGAGAACUUCAGCUUAAUGAAGUGGUCUGGGUGCCUGGUCCAGCUAGGUUUAACCCUUUUUUCUAUAAACAUAGCAGUUUCAGAGAAACUGCUAUGUUUAUAUUAGGGUUAAUCCAGCCUCUAGUGGCGGUUUCAUUGACAGCCGCUAGAGGCGCUUGCGUGCUUCUCACUGUGAAAAUCACAGUGAGAAGACGCCAGCGUCCAUAGGAAAGCAUUGUGAAUGCUUUCCUAUGAGACUGGCUGAAUGCGCGUGCGGCUCUUGCUGCGCAUGCGCAUUUAGCCGAGGAGGAGAGUCCCUCGUCCGGCGCUGGAGAAAGAGGUAAGUUUAACCCCUUCUACCCCCUAGAGCCCGGCGGGAGGGGGACCCUGAGGGUGGGGUCACCCUCAGGCCACUAUAGUGCCAGGAAAACAAGUGUUUUCCUGGCACUAUAGUGGUCCUUUAAUGGCUCUGUGUGGAGUUAUUUUAAGGUGACAGCAAAUUUACUGUUAUACAGGCUGUACACUUACUAUAUUACAUUGUAGCAGAGUGUCAUUUCUUCAGUGUUGUCACAUGAAGAUAUAAUAAAAUAUUUACAAAAAUGUGAGGGGUGUACUCACCUUUGUGAGAUGCUGUAUAAUAUUAUCCCAUGGCGGUGUUAUUAUCUACCAGCUUAGCAGUAUCCAACAACAAAAAAUACCAUAUUGUUUUUUGUUGUUUUUUUUUCUAAUGGAUCCCUGCAUCUAACAGUACAAAUAAAGCCAUGCGUGUACUGCAUUCUGUCUAGGUAAUGGCAUUGUAAGAACGUCUGUAUGCUUUCUUGAUGUGAAAUAACUUGAAUACAUUCCUGUUUAAGUUGUUCCUAGCUUAUAAACCUUUUCAUUUAACAGAGACGACGGUAAAGAAGGCUUGAAAUUUUACACUAAUCCAUCCUACUUCUUUGACUUAUGGAAAGAGAAGAUGCUACAGGACACAGAGGACAAGAGGAAAGAAAAGCGGAAACAGAAAGUAUGACAUUUCUAGAAAUUCAAUCAAUAAUUUUUCACUGUGUGCUCAUAUGUUAAAUGGUCUUGAUUUUUUAUAUUUUUUAAUAAACUGUUUUAACCACUCAAUGACCACAUGACUGUCGAAGGCAUCAUGCAGUGCAUGGCUUUAAUACCCAGAGUCCUCUGUACUGUGAGCGCUAGGAAAUCCCUCUGCUUAUGUCAACAAUGACAUCAACAGAGGGGAAACGCUUCAGAGGUAGGAUAAUAGGUUGGAUUAUAGGUAGGAUUAGGAUUGGAUUAUGGGUAAAACUAGAUGUUGAAUUAGGGACAGUGUAGGGGUAGGAUUAGGCGCAGGACUAGGAUAAAAGAUACAUGCCUUUAGGGUAUCAUUGCACUUAAGAACAGUGGCACAAUUUCCCCAAAAUACAUGUGUGUUGAGAAUAAAAAAAACACCACAAAAUUUCUUAUCUGAUCACGGUUUGUGAUAAAAUGGUUAAAUGAAGUGUCUAAAUACUGCUCAUUAUAUAGCCUGGGGGAUGUACUUUCUACAAAUAUAUACUUUUGUGUAGCACUUAUGGAUUCUGUGACUACGAUUAAAGUUGUAAUCAAAUUGUGCAAAGUUUUACCUGUAAAACUGUAAUUGACUCCUUGCAGUAUUUGUUUUAUAACUCCUAAAAAUAAAUUGAAAUCAAGACUAAUUAGUGAACUUUGCAUGUAGAAAUUAAAUAUUAUAAAAACGAAAAUGUAUCGUUCUCCCCUCCCUCUCCCAUUUUUUACUAUUUGAUUCCUAUUUAAUAUUACGCUAUAUACACAUAAAGGGUAUCAAAAGAAAGCUCUAUCUAGCUGUUAAAAAAUAUUUAUAAUAUGUAUGGAUGCACUUAAACAGAAAAGUGGAAAUUGAGGUAGAAUUAACGCAUGGCAAAAAGGCCUUGGUCCUUAAUAGGUUAAACUGAUCAAAAUAUUAAUAUAUAUUUUUUAUAAUAUUACAUAUUUUUUGAGAUUUUAAUAUUUUGAAAAAAAAAAUAUGAAAGUUUUAUCCAAAAUUCUUAAAUCAUUUCAAAGGCAUAUUCAAGAAUAUAAAAUGUAGGCCAAAGUAUGAUAUUCUUUUGUUUAAAGAGGAUCUAGCUAUACAGUUUGUAACUAUUUUUUUUCAUUUAUUAUUUAUUAUUAUUAUUAAUUGUUUGAGAACCUUCCUACACUCUACAUUUAAUGAAGCUAGAAUUAUGUGCACUAGUUUUUAGGUGGGAGGCAGUAGGAAAUAGCAUCCCCAAAUCUCCCAAUGCUACAUACACAUAACUGAGUCAAAAUGGGUGUUUCUCCAGUCUACAGUUAUAUUUUAUUUUGUGCAACCAAGAUCAACUGCAGUCAUUGUAACCCAAAAGCAGAAUAAGGUUAUUUACUAAACCAAGUUGCAAAUUUGUCAAUUCUUUCCAGGUCACCACAUCUUGCCUAGAAUUCUCAAUUCAGGUAAAUUAAUUUAUUCAAUUAAAUAAUAAAUGUUUUACUAGGAAAAUUCUAUAAAUGAGCAUUUUCUUCUAACUAACAACCAACCUGCCUAAAUAUAUAUGUACAAGUGUGACUGUAAGGUUGAUCUCUGUUAAAUAAGCACAAAUAAACUAAAAGAUUAUUAGAAACACUGAAGGUGACAAGUAAAAAGGGCAUGCCAACAAAUACAAACAGCUCAAUGCAUUUUGCAGCAGCUGCCAUGUGUCAGAAGUUUUUGUGGUCAGUGGUAGCUUCACUAUGCUAAUAUCUUCUGUAUUGUCAUUAAAGUUGGACAUGUAGCAUAUCUUAUUGCCUUUCCUCAUUGAAGCCACCUUCUGUACAUUAAUCAAAAUAACAAAGGAGGUGUAAUUUUAUGAACUCUAGAGUUUUUCUUUUUCAUGGCUUUAGGGUUUGGCACAUGCUUUAUAUUUGUUUUAGUUUUUAUGUAAUGCUACUUUUUGCAGCAAAAGAAUAUUGAUCGACCACAUGAACCAGAAAAGGUGCCUCGAGCUCCGCAUGACAGGCGUCGUGAGUGGCAGAAGUUGGCUCAGGGUCUGGAGCUGGCUGAAGAUGAUGUAGAACUUAUACAUAAACAAAUUGAAAUUGCUAAUGGUCCACAUUUCGAAACAAGGUAUGUGUUCAUUUUAAAUGCAUACAGGCAUACAAAAAAGUAUUAAUGAAUAUUGCAUCAUCUUGUAUUUACUUGGCACUCCAGGAGAUUGGGUCAUAUAUUCUAGGUCUGGUCAUGCCUUGACUUGUUAUUGCUAUAUUUGUAUGUUUAAACCUUCUGCUUUAUUCAUUGCACAUGGAUUGGAUGUAAGGGAGACCGCUGUGUGUAUUCCAUGGUAAUAUAGGUUUCCAGCAACAUUAUAGGAACACUCUCAGCCAAUCAUAACAACGGGCAUCUUAACAACUUCAUUGAAAUUGAGUUCUUAUGGUGGCAGGAGGUACCUGGUGCUGGCUCACCUUUAGGGAUUAAUCUGUUCACGAAAGGUUUAACCUCAAUUUCUGUGUUCCAGCACCAGAUUUCUCUGAUACCUGUCCUUCCAUUUGCUGAAAAACUUCAAAACGCAAUUGAUUGGUUGAGAGUGAUUAACCGACGCUCUCAGCCAAUCAGUGGCUCCACAUUCACAAAAUGGCUUGAAAAAUGUAUGUAUUUUUAAACCGCUCUCAGCCAUAAUCUUCUGUUUUAAAGCAUUUUGGCAAACGGAAGAACAGGGGAAGAGAGAUCUGGUGCUGUUCCAUUUCCACUAUUUAAAUGGUCCUAACUAAAGUGUCUUGUGAUUUAUUUGUGCAUUGCUAAAUCCAAAGGUAAUUACUCUCUUUAAAUUCUUCUUGUCCUUUUGACACUAUCCACAAUGCUUCUUGAAAACCUCUAUGAUCUUUGUCUACAUCACACUGUUCUUUUCCGAUUCUCUUCCUCCCACUCUCAACACCACCUCUACCCCACUGGAGUUCCCCUAUGGUUUAGUCCAUACCGCUUUCGUUUUUUUAUUAAUACUUCCACAUUUGGUAAACUUAUUGGUUCCUUUGGGUUCCAAUGACAUCACUCAGACUUAUCUGCACACCAAAAAAAAAAGCAUCCUAAUUGCCCUUCUAACUCAAACUAGAAUACUUUGCGUCUUCUAAAACUGUUUUCAACAAAACUGAACAUCUUCUAUUUUCUACUUUCACAAACCUGCUUCCAUUGUCUCACUUCCUGUUGAGCAAUGGAACACCCAUUAUCCAAAUCCUAGCAUCACUGCUUUGGUGUUUUUUUCAACUCCCCUCUUCUCCCAACAUCCCUUCUGCCCGCAAAACAUGUAACUUUCACCUUAAAAAAAUUGUUCACAUUUAUCCCUAUCGUUUACAUUGUUUACUUGCUCCUCUUAAAACUUUUUAAUACUCACAUUGUCCCACUAUAAUGCAUUAUGAAUGUUGCUGCCAUACCAACGCAUCAUCCCUUUGCCAGUCCUUACAUGACUGUUGUCCCCUUCAUGAUCCAAUUCAAACUUCUGAUUCUAACCUUUUUUAUUCACAAAUACACCUCUUCUCAAUCACUACAUUCUGCAUUUUUCUUGCCCUCUGUUCAUUUUUAUAUUGCUAAUUCAAUACAUUUCUACAGGAUUUAUGAAGGGCCACAACAUCCAACUUUGCCUCACCUUCUUUCCUUUAAGAAGUACCUUAAAGCUUGUAUUUUUAGGAAAGCUUAUCUUCUUCCUGGGUAACGUCUCUCAGUACAACAGUCAUCCUAUUCCUCCCCACAUUACGUUACACAAUCCAAUUCACUCACUCCUUCUACAAUAUGGUUCUUCAACACACCAAUUUUACAGAAAUAAUAAGACCACGAAAUGAAUAACGAACAGUUACAAAUCCUAGUGUGCAUCCACUUACCAAAGGCACUAAACGUUAUACAAUAACUUCUCCAGAAGAAAACCUAAAAGUGGGGAAAUUACGAAAUGAAGACCUUCCAAAUUGAAGUGCAGUUCCCAUUCAUUAAAAAUCAUCACUGUUUGUAAAUUACUUACUUUUAAGAGAGACUCUGACUAUAAAGUUUUCCUUUCCUCUGGUGAGUUGUUCUUCCCUUGAUUGCCUCAUAUCCUGCUAUACUGUAAGUGCAUUUUGAGCAGCUAUUGUAUCUGUCAACAUGUAUUUUGCUGUUGUGUAUUCCCACAGCUUAUUUAGAAAGCAACUGGAAUUAGGUAGGCACUAUAUAACUACUGAUAUUAAUGUGCAACUCUGAGUUAACCAGCCUGACAAAUCUUUCUUUUUGCCGAGAGCCACCCUUCUGCAUAUCACUGGCCUAGUCCUCACGUCCAGCUCAGCACCACCCCAUGAAUUCAUAACUCUCAAUGUUGGGACGUAUGAUGCAUUCUUGUGUUGAAUUCAGUAUUUUAAGCAUAAUUCUAAUUCAAAGGGGCACUAUAGUGCCAGGAGAACAAACAUGUAAUUCCUGACAUUAUAGUGUUAAAAUCACUAUAGCUGGUUGGCCCCCCAUUACCUCAAGUUAGGUGACUUCCUCACCUUUUUCGAGCGCAGCGCAGGUCUCCUCGCGUCUGGCCUCACCCCCAAUAUGCCUCUUUGGCUGACAUUGGAUGCAUAAGAAAACAUCGGCUGUGCUGAGAUUGUCAAUUCUUAUGAUCCCAGCCAAGGAGGUGAGUUGAGGAGCAGCCAAAUGCCGUUCUGACCAAUCAGCAUCUCCUCAAAGAGAUGCAUUGAAUGAGUACAUCUCAAUAGGGAAAGUUCAUCGUCUCCAUGCAGACGUCAGGGCUACUCACCAUGCAGCCUUGACCAAGGGAGCACCUCGAGUGGCAAUUAGAGUUGUGCCUAGGCUGUAAUGUAAACACUGCCUUUUAUCUUAAAACGCAGUGUUAACAUUAAAAAGCCUGCAUGGACUGACUAUACUCACCAGAACAACUACAAUAAUGUUUAGUUGUUUGAGUGAUUAUAGUGUCCCUUUAAGCAGACUAGAAGAUUCCAUUAAAUUAACAAAGCUUCCUGCAUCCUACUUUUUGAUGGCUAAACCUUGACAUCAAUCAUUGAAUGGUUGUUGUUUUUUCUUUUGAUUUACAUCAGAAAAAUACUGGUCUGAGAGUUUUGCACAAGUACCUGUAUUGUAUUGAAUAUUAAAUAGCUGCUGAUAAUCUUAUUAUCUUAUCUUUUGUGUGGCAUCUGUGUGGAAUGAAGCCAAUAGUUUUGUAUUUUGUCUUCGAUCGGGAUAUUAUGGUCUUCUGGACCUUGAAAUAUGGUUCACUAGUAAAAAUUAGUGGUACACAGAUUGGUUAACAAUCGGUAAAACAUUGGAAUUGUUUCUUAAAUAGAACAUUAGACCAGGGGUUCCCAACUCAGUUUAUAUAAUUAAUCUUCGUAGUUGUUUAAACUACUGGUAUGCCUUGUCAAUUUUUUACAUUACUAAAUGACACAGUGUACAGUGGUGAACGGUGGGGUCUAAUGCCUUACUGAUUAGGUCCUGAGAUGCAUAUACUUUCAUAAUCUACAGUUCAGUGCACUUGACCACAAACUCUGUUUAUGAAUAUUUUGUUUGGUAUUUGCCAUCCCCUUCCUGGGAUUGCAUAGGUUGUGGGUUCAAUUGAACUUGAAACUACAACUAGUAACUGUCAUUUUUGCACAGGCCCCAAGCUUAUGGAGAAACUAUUGAUGGACCCUUCUCACUGGCUGCAUUGCCCUACAGUCAAAUGAAUGAUCUACUAAACAGAGUUGAAGAUAGAGUGUUGGUGAGACCACACGAACCACCUCCUCCUCCACCAGUGCAUGCACCAGGAGAUGGAAAGGCCAUGCCUCCUAUGAUUAGGUACACUUUUCUUAAUAUUUACAAUAGUAGUUUACAGUAUCCUGCAGCUAUUGGUACAUAAGUAUUUUUGCUCAUAAAUUCUCAAUUAGCAGUUUUUAUUUCAGUAUAAAAAUGUAUCUUUCAAUCACCAUAAUGCUAACUUUGCCCGUUUUCAUAAACGACACAAAAAAUUACAAGUGAUUGCUGUUCACACAUGUAAAGAUGUAGACAUUUCUAAAAAAUUUAUGAAAAGCAUUGUUUGUUACUUAAAGGGACACUAUAGUCACCUGAACAACUUUAGCUUAAUGAAGCAGUUUUGGUGUAUAGAACAUGCCCCUGCAGCCUCACUGCUCAAUCCUCUGCCAUUUAGGAGUUAAAUCCCUUUGUUUAUGAACCCUAGUCACACCUCCCUGCAUGUGACUUGCACAGCCUUCCAUAAGCACUUCCUGUAAAGAGAGCCCUAUUUAGGCUUUCUUUAUUGCAAGUUCUGUUUAAUUAAGAUUUUCUUAUCCCCUGCUAUGUUAAUAGCUUGCUAGACCCUGCAAGAGCCCCCUGUAUGUGAUUGAAGAUCAAUUUAGAUAUUGAGAUACAAUUAUUUAAGGUAAAUUACAUCUGUUUGAAAGUGAAACUAGUUUUUUUUUUUUUUCAUGCAGGCUCUGUCAAUCAUAGCCAGGGAAGGUGUGGCUAGGGCUGCAUAAACAGAAACAAAGUGAUUUAACUUCUAAAUGACAGUGAAUUGAGCAGUGAAAUUGCAGGGGAAUGAUCUAUACACUAAAACGGCUUUAUUUAGCUAAAGUAAUUUAGUUGACUAUAGUGUUCCUUUAAUGUAUUUAUAUGUUGUUGCAUCUAUUUUGUUAUAUAUAUUUUUUACAUGUUUUAUGGUUUACAUUAUUAGUUUUAGUAGGUUUUACAGUACCUUUUUUUUGUAAAUAUUUCUUUGAAUAUGAUGAAUUUUUAAAUGUCUAACAGCAACUUCUUUUUACAAUUAUAGUGCCACAUCAGGGUUGAAUGACAACAGGCCACAGUCUCCUGCCAUGGGAAGAACACAAGUGUUUGUUAGUCCCUCACCUCCUCCACCUCCACCCCCUCCUCCUCCCCCUCCUCUUCCAUCUGCUCUUUCGGCAUCUUCGCUGCGAUCAUCUAUAUCUUCGACUCCACCACCACCUGUUCCUCCUCCGCCUCCACCACCAACUGCUAACUUGCAGACUACGGUCAUGCCACCACCACCAACUCCACUCCAGAUAGCACCUGGUGUCCUUCACCCUGCUGCUCCUCCUAUUGCGCCUCCCCUCGCUCAGCCUUCCCCUCCAGUAUCACGUGCUGUUGAAAAUGUGCCCAUACACCCACUUCCACAAAUGGAGUCACAAGGUCUUCCCCCACCACCACCACCUCCUCCUUUACCCCCACCAGGAAUGCGACCCUCUUCCCCUGUUGCAGUCCCACCCCUCUCUCAUCCUCCCACUGGUCUUCAUCCUCUUGCUUCUAUUGUUCCCGGUUCGCAUGCACCUUUACUUCCUCCCUCCCCACCAUCUCAAGUUGUUCCUGACACCAAGAGACAUCCAUCAACGCUCCCAGUCAUUAGUGAUGCUAGAAGUGUUCUUCUGGAAGCUAUACGAAAAGGUUGGUCAUUUUCUUGUUUCACUGUAACAGAAACAAAGUUAUGUUUGAAGAUAAUGUAAACAUAAACCCUACAAAAGUGUGUUAUGUUAACAUCCUUUUAAUAAAGGUUCAAGGUAUGAUCUGUUACUAUGCUCCCCCUAACUAAUAUGUUCUAUACGUCUUUUAAAAGAUAAUCCAGGCUGGAAAUAACACCAAUUGUGAAUGCAUUAAAUGUAUGAAAAUAUGCAAUCCGUAAAAUAAAUAUAAUACUAGUCUCUACAACUGCUGAAACACCUACAGGCAAGCAGUAGCAGAUAGUCCUCCUCAGUUUAGGAACGUCACCAAUUAGAACACAUUAUUUACAAUCUAUGAGAACCGACUAGUACCAGUUAAUUAAUAGCCCAUUUUACGGUUUGUACCAUUGCUUGAUCUCCAGUACAGAGAAUCCCUGGGUGAAGGGGGUACAAAUCCUGAGAGUGUAGUAUAAUUACUUGAUGGGCACCCACUUACCUACAAGUAGUAAAGGCACAUUUGGAGUGUUCUUUUAAAUGACAAGGGCAGCUGUGUUGCAUGCGCUGCUACAAAUCAUUGUUUUCAAACUGCUAAAGACAGUGUGUUUUUGUUACUCUACUAGCAUAUUUGUUUACCCACAGCUUAGCUGUAACAGUGUAAUCUAAAAGUAUCUGGACUGAAUCGCACAAGCUCUUUAUUCUGAUGGGUUUUCUGAUGUUCUCCUUCUGUUUUAGGUAUUCAGCUCCGCAAGGUUGAAGAGCAACGCGAGCAAGAAGCUAAACACGAACGUAUCGAAAAUGACGUGGCUACUAUUCUGUCUAGGCGCAUUGCUGUAGAAUACAGCGAUUCUGAAGAUGAUUCAGAGUUUGAUGAGGUCGAGUGGCUGGAGUAGAACCCAUUUUACAUAGUUACACACUACAAACUGGAAUGCUGAUGUAAAAUUGUGGUGCUUGUUUUUUGAACAUGUUUGGUCAUUUAUAGUGUUUUGUAUUUUUAUUAAACCUUUGAGUGGCAAAGUCAUGCUGUAUUCGCUUCUCUGACACCCAAAGAUUUAAUUUACACCACCGGAAUAAUUCAUGGUUUUUGUACUCUUAGUUUACAGUAAAACUAGAAAUCUUGACAUCAAUAUAAAGUGGCUUAUUACCAUUCUGUUUUGGGAAGACAGUAAUUUUUUCAAUAGACCACUAAGUAUUAAGAAUGGGCAGCUGUCAAGUUAUAGAAUAGAAAGUUAUUUUAAAAAAUUAUAUAUAAACAAAUAUAUAAUUUUUUUUAUAUAUAUUUUUUUUUUUUUUAUGUAUCCUACUUGUGCACUUUGUGAAUUUUAAGUUAAUGAAGGUAACCGAGGAUUGAAAUGCCGAGGGCAGCUGUGUCUACUAAUAUGAGCCUUAUUUUAUUUUGAUAAUGUUUUGACAACAUUAAACCUAGCUAUCAAAUUCCACUGCUUGAAGCUAGGUCUGUACACUGAGAUAAUAGUUUGAAAUUUAGAAAACUAUGACAAAGGAAUUACUACUUGUUGUUUUUGUUUAUUUUUUUAUUUUUUAUUAUGAUGGCCUUAUUUGAAUGCUGAGGUUGUUCUUUUUUUUGUUGGUUGGUUGUUUUUUUUAUGUACAUGUUGUAAGGUACUAUUUUGCCUGUAUACUAAAACUAAAAAAAUAAAAAACACAAAAAAAACCCAGUGAAAACAAACUUUAAACAUUCUGUGUAACGUAUGUAACUGUUCAACAACAGUUUGAUUUAAUAAAUUCUUCAUUUUAAAGACCGUCUCUUGAUUUUAUUUUUUACUUUGUGUUGUG